CUCCUCCUCACAUUUUCCCGGUGCGGUGCUGCUCCUGCUGCCUCCGUGUCGUCCGUGCGGCGCAGCGCGGCCAUGGUGGACUCUCCCAGCGCGAUGAAGAAAACGUUCUCGGUGCCGGAGAUCAAACCGCUGGACAAGUAUGACUUCAACCGGGCCAAGAUCUGCGCAAGCGUGCGGUGGCUGCUGUCGAAAUCGUAUGGCUCUGCAGAAAAUGUCCCUGUGGAGUUGCGGGAGCCGCUUUACAAGGACCAGUAUGAACAAGACCACCUCAAGCCGGCCGUCUCCAAGCUGCUUCUCUCCCCGGAGAUCUACUGCAGAGCCCAGGCCCUGCUGGCUCAGGCGCAAGGGGUCUCUCAGCCAGCGUCGCAGGGGUCCCCGGCUGAUAACUCUGCGCUGCUUCAGUUCCUCAUUAAGAAAGGUUUCGCUCCUAAGGUCCAGGAUGCAGACGUCACUGAGGAGGACCUCAGCUCUGUCCCCAUCAAAACGAAAGCCCACCUCGCCCUGAUUGACGCUCUGAUGACGCUGGUCGCCAAAGAGGCGGUGGGCAGGGUGAAGAUGGCGGCGGAGGCGGAGCAGAUGGGUGUCGGGGCUCCAUGGGAGAAUGCUCUGCUCUUCUGGGUCAACAGGCUCAACCAGAAGUUAAGAGAAGUCACAGAAGAAGAAGAGCCCACCAAGUCGCAGACAUGCACAGACAUGCAGCCUGCUCAGGAAAAUUGUCAAUCCAACCGUUGGUACUGGAAACUAGUCCCCCAUGCUAUCGCUUUUUGUUUGAAGGAGUCGGGGAAUAAGCCGCCUGUGAUUCGCUAUAGGAAGGACAAAGUGCAGUCUAAGCUGACUCCUACUUUCCCCCUGGUCUCUGCGGUCAAAGAUCUGUCUAAUGGUUGCGCUAUAGCUGCUACAUUGCACUACUACUGCCCCAGCUUGCUGCCUCUAGAGGAUGUGUGUCUGAAGGACACCAUGUCAGUGGCUGACAGUCUGUACAACCUGCAGCUCAUCAGAGAGUUUUGCGAGAGCAGUUUACAGAGCUGCUGUCCCCUCGCUGUGGAGGACCUGCUCUACGCUCCACCCGUCCUGCAUUUGAACAUCAUGAGCUUCAUAGCUGAGUUGCUGGAGUGGUUUGAGAUUAAGAAGCCUGAUUUUGUCAAGCCCAUUCAACCCAUUGAUCUUACAGAUGUAUCAGGGUUACUAGACUGUACAAGUCCUGUCAGUGGGAACAGCAACAGUGGUUCUCCUUCCUACAUCUUCAAACAGCCCUUUGUACCAAUCUCUUCCCCAGUGUCACCAGAACACAAAAGUUGGACAAAGAAACAAAUCAGUCGUCCCCUGUCCGCAGUGACUUUCAGCAUCCCAUUUGGGCUGGACAGUGAUGUUGACAUUGUCAUGGGAAACCCAAUAGAUUCUGUCUUUCGCUCCGUCAGCAAUGACAGCCUAACCACCGGCAUCCCUGCAAUGACUUCACCGGUCCCAUACAGCCCUCCAGAGGAACUCAGCCACCUGGUCAGCGCUUCUGCUCCAUCGCAGCGCUCUUCCUGGGGCCCUUAUGCGCACACAAUGCCACUAGGAGAGUUGCCGACCAUCGAGGAGGCACGACAGGUGGUUCAUUCUCCAGGCAGCAAAGAUCGGAAGAAAGGAAGGAUAGCAGAGAAAGGUGAAAGAGGAGUGUUGGGAGGAAGGCAAGAGCCCAGAUUACGUCCCGAAGGAGCCCCUGCUGGUUUCUUUCUACACUCCCCUGAGGAGGUUAAUUCCCAGCUCAGCAGCUCUGCUCCCUGUCGCUCUGGAGUCCUCUGCCGGCCUGUUGGUGGAGAGGUGGGCAACACUGAAAGGCAAGGAAGGGCGGAGAGGAGGGAGAGAUCAGGACGCAGCUCCGAUAUGUCACGUGAUGACGACUCUGUUUUGCGUGAUGGUAGCGUUGACUCCUCUGAAGCAUCUGAUGACACCCCUAGAAACGCCCCAGGUAAUAUUCGACCCAGUAACAAUCGCCAGGGAAACAACAGCACCAGCAACAGUCCUCGCAUGACAAGUUUUGCUGAGCGACGAGACAGCAGAAAGAGACAUUCUGCUGCUCCCGGGGAGGAGUCGGCGUCUGCUCCAACCCCGACAACUCCAGGAACUCCACAUACACCCUCCACCCCAGCAGGGGCACCUGGCCGCCAGGACAGCCCAGGUCCCAGAGGCCCUGAACCAGGCUCUGAAGCCUGGGAGUUGGGGGCUCGUCUGGAGGAAAAACGCAAAAGCAUUGAAGCCCAAAAAAGACGCAUCGAAGCAAUCUUUGCCAAGCACAGACAGAGGCUUGGAAAAACUGCUUUUCUUCAACUAAAAAGAGACCAAGGAGAGGGAGGAGGAGAGGGAGCAGAGGUGGAUAAUCUCACCCUGGAGGAGCGUCUCACUUGCAUGGAGGAGCAACUGAAACAGGAGGAGGAGAGGGAAGACAAGGAAAAGAAGGAGAAAGAAAAGGAUGGAGAGGUGGAGAAAGAGAAGCCAUCUGUUUCCAAUCCUCCUCGGUUAGAGAAGCAGGUCACAUUCUCUAUUGAAAGUAAAAAAGGAGCAGAGAAAGGAGGUGAAGCAGUCUUGGUGGAGUGCAAUGAAGUGGUGCAGAAACUGAGUGAAGCUCUACAAUCACUACAAAAGGACAUGCAGAAACUUACAGAGCAGCAACAGCAGCUCAUGAGCAACCAAAGACCUCGAAAUACACCCAGAACUGCUCCAAAAUCAGCACCUAGAAGUACCACCAAAACACCACCCAAAACUCCUCCUCACACCCCAACAAAGACACCACCAAGAACCCCGACAAAGACUUCUACAAAGAGUGCCAGUAAAGCCUGGGUGAUUCCAGGCCCCAGUACCCCCGCUGCCUCCUCCCCAUCACGGCGUUCUCACCCUGUUACCUCCCCAAAGACUAUCAUCUCCUCCUCUUGCCCAGCUCCUCGCACCAAGAUCCACUCGUCCUCCACUCCCCGUAGCCCAAAGCACCACCCGCGUGCCCAUCAUCAGCCUCAUCCAAGGCCUUCCGAACUCAAGUUCCCCCCGCUCAACCGUGUCUUGGCACCAACCCAGAAUGUGGACACCCUACCUCACUUGCGGCGUGUGUCCCCCAGCAAGUGUCAGGUUCAGACCUCUUCUUCCUUCCGCAUCGGUGGCCCUCGGACUCCUCAAGAGUCUCCUCAGCCUACCCAGCAGCCACAGCCUGAGGAGAGCACCUCCGAUACAGCCUCUAGUGAGACACCAACUCAGUUCAGCCUGGAGCUGGAGCAGGAGGACACGGAGGCUGUAGGAGGGCUGCCUGUCUUACCACAGCCUGGCCAAGAUUGUCCAAGAGCUGCUGGUGGGAGCAGCUCCGGCGCUCCUUCUGAGUGCUCAUUUGAGAGCGAGACUUUGUCCCUUUCUGCUGCAUUCAGCGCAAUAGGUGAAGGCAGGAGAGGUGGAGGUGCAGACAAACGCAGCCUCCUUGAGGUCUCGCUGUCAUCUCUUGGAGGGCCAGAGGGGGGCAGUGAUGAACCAACUGAUGAAGGGCAAGAGUUUUCCUCCGAUUCCAUGAGCGACCACACAGAAUCUGCUGCGGAACCUGCAAGAGAACUUGCAGCAGAACCCCUAGACCCCAUAGAGCAGCUGAAUCUGGCUACAGAAGCCGGCAAUUCGCCAGAACAACAGGGUGAAUCGGAAGGAGAACAGACAAAAAUGGUUUUGGAACCAGCUGGAGAGCAGAAGGAGUCUGGGACAAGAGGAGGAAUUGGAUUCGUCUUUCAGGAGGAAGUGCGUAGUGAGGAGGAGAUGGCCCAGCGUAGAGCUUUACUGUUGGAAAAACAGCAGAAGAGAGCUGAGGAGCUGAAGAGGAGGAGACAGUGGAAUGAGCAAGAAAGGGAAAACAGGCCAGCACCCUCAGACAAAAGAAUGGUAUCUCCCUCCAAAACACCUCCUGCAGGCACGACCUCACCUUUGCUCACACCUCCUGCUACACCAGCCCGCCGGGGAGAGUUCACGCGAGGGGAGUACACACGACGGCAUCAACUCAGGUUAAUGGAGGACUUGGACAAAGUGCUUCGGCAGAAAACGACCACUCAAGGAAAAUCUUCCACUAAGAAAACCCGCUCCCGUCCUCGCAGCAUGACCAGGGAGGAAACACAGCUGUCUCUGAGUCCAGCCAAAGGAACAACAGGCUCUAAGUUGACCAAAGUCUACUCUAACUCCUCCCUCAACCUGACAGCCACAGAUGAGCCAGGAAGCAGAUGUGGUGGCCGCACUAAGAAACCGCCAAGCCGCCCUGAUUCACCAUCAGGAUGUGUGACACCGAGCAAACUGGCAAAUCAGAACGGAGAUAAGGACUGGGAGUCUGGUUCCAAUGGAACAUCGCCCGCCCCAGAAUACACAGGUCCAAAGCUCUUCAAAGAACCAAGCUUCAAGUCCAACAAAUUCAUCAUUCACAACGCUCUCUCUCGCUGCUGUCUUGCUGGAAAGGUCAACGAGACACAGAAGAACAAAAUAGUUGAGGAAAUGGAGAAAAGUCCCGCCAACCACUUCCUAAUCCUCUUCCGCGAUUCCAGCUGCCAGUUCAGGGGCGUUUACACCAUGAAUCCUGACUCACAGGAGCUGGUGCGAUUGGCUGGUGUGGGUCCACGGACAAUUGGCUCCACCCAGGUGGAAUCCAUCUACAAAUACAGUUCAGACAGGAAGCAGUUUUGUGCCAUCCCCUCUAAAACCAUGGGCAUGACUGUGGACGCCUUCACCAUCCCCGGCCAUCUUUGGCACGGAGGAGGCGCAGCAGGAGGAGGAGGAAGCAGGAGAGCAAGCAUUACUAAGAAGGCUGUUAUUUCCAAGUGAGGAACAUAACACAUCACAGUGACAGGCCAUUAAACGAAACACCGUCAUCUCACUGUAAUUAUAGUGAAAACUGUAGUCAGAUAUGAAAAGCGGUUAUUUAUAUGCACACAGAUGAGUUUUCAGCCGUGUGUGCAUACAUACACCUUACCUUUCUUGCCCGUGGAUUUACUAGAAAUACAAAAUGUUAAAAAAUCUUUUGUACUCCCCCCUUAAUGUGCAUGGAAAUGUUAACAGCGCAGUUUUCUCCUCCUAAACAAAAAAAUAGAGACACACUCAUAUCUCAGUCUACAGAGGAAGGUUUUGUAAAAUGUUCAGUUACUUGCACAAGGAAGAGGAACUUUUAAAAAGUCUCAUUACUUAUACUUUCAUUGUUUGAAGUACAAAAUAGACUUUUUUUUCUUUAAGGAGAAUUAUUAAGUUGUUUAUUGAAAAACACUGACUUUAGUAAGACACAUGAUAACAGUUUGUUCACUCUGGUUCUCUGUUCUCUGAAGUAGAACACCAGUUUUAUACAUUAAGCCAAACAACAGAGAAAAUGCCUUCUCGUGUCAGAAUGACUGGCAGGACUUUUGUUUUGUACAAUAUUCGAGGUAAUUCUACCAACAACUGUUGGUAGGUGAAUGAAAGCACAUCGGUUUUGAAAAUUAAAGAUAGCCAUAACUGUGUGAUGCAGAGAGCAGAUGUGAACUCAAAGAUCUGUAAAUGUGUCAGUGGUUUUCAGACAUGAUUUCCACAGCAUCAUUGGAUGUUUACUAUACAUGGUAUAAGCUUAUUUCAAAAUAAUAUCACAGUGAAGACUUGUGGUUUGAUGAAACUAUGUUGAUAAUGGGUAUACGUAUGAGCAUCAGAUGCCAGUUAAACAACUGAUAGUUUAUGGCAUCCUGAGAAUGAUAAUGUGUCAUGCCAAGCUUACAUUUAGAAGUACCUGCAUUGUUGCGCUCUUCAGUGGGGAUGGGUUCCGACAGCUGGUUCCAUUUUUGUAUCUAAUUCUGAAUUGGUAAAAUUUCUAGAUUUUCUGCAGCCACCGAAUCUCUUAUUGAGUCUUUCAUCUAUGAUCUCUCUUAACCUCUUUUAACUCUUUCUGACAACACAGACAUGAAGAGAAAGAAAGAAAGAAAGAUAGAAAAACUAUUCAUAUCCUCUAACACUAUCAAUACUAUUGAUAGGGUCAAUAGUUCUCCUCCCUGUCACCCUCCUUCCCCUCUCACUGCUCCAGCUCUGCCACAAAACAGACAUGCCAAUAACACUGACAAACGGGUUUGCACCGCUGGCGGAUCCCCUGGGGAAGGAGCGCGGGGAAGCAGCAAUGUACCCCUCUAGUGCCCUCCCGCCAGGGUCAAGCCGCCAGCCCACACAGAGAGACACAGUUACAAACUAAGAUAUAUUUUAAACUCCUUCAAGCUGUCCAUCACCCCAAGAUACAGAAAAAAAAGUUUAAACCUAACCUAACCCUAACCCUGGCUGAGUGAACCGGUGAGCUUAAACAUUGUGUGAGGGUACUUAUGACAAAGGCAAUAAUGACAAGUCACUUGCUUAAAUAAUUAUCUACCAUCUGUUGUAGUAAGCACUUUUUUGAUAAUUUGGAAAGGACAUGUGCAUUAGCCAUCUAACAUUAAGUGCUUCAUGCAUUUAGAGAAAUUGGUGUUUUAGCUGAUGCUUUGCUGAGCGAUAAAGUGGCUUCUGUAGCUGCAGUUUAGCCCCCCAAUAAGUAGCAAUCACUGUUAUUCCCCACAGCAAGAGAUAAAAAUGGGGGGUUAAUACAUUUAAGAAAUGUUGAGGAGCAGUGAUGAAAGCCACACAUCAUUCCAGCACAGUGGUAUAAAAAUUAUACUAAGUGCAAGAACAAAACAAAACUAUAAACUUCUACAUACAUAUUUGUAAAGACAUCAUCUCCCACCAAGCGAACUUCAUGUCAAGAUUCGCUAAGCAAAUUCAGACCUGGAUUCAGAUGUGCGAAAGGCUAUCGAGCCCCAUUCCUACAUUUGGAAGAGUGCAGACAGUUAAUUUGGUGUAUUUCAGACCAGCAUUCAUGUAUGAAAUAACAAACUGGA